AUGUCGCCUUAUCAACUGGUUUAUGGUAAAGCCUGUCACUUACCGCUCGAACUUGAGCACAAAGAUUUUUGGGCUACCAAGUUCUUAAAUUGUGAACUGUUAAAAGCUGGUGAAUCUCGAAUUCUUCAACUCCAGGAGUUGGAAGAGUUUAGGAAUCACGCUUAUGAGAAUGCUAAAAUUUAUACAGAACAAACAAAGAAAUGGCAUGACCAAAAGAUUCAGAAAAAAGAGUUUUGGGAAGGACAACUGGUAUUACUCUUUAAUUCAAGGUUGAAGCUAUUUCCUGGAAAGUUAAAAUCACGAUGGUCAGGACCAUUCUUGGUUCACAAAGUGUUUUCCCAUGGAGCGGUAGAACUGAAAAAUCAAGUCAAUGGAGACACCUUUAAGGUGAAUGGACAGAGACUGAAACCGUACUAUCAGGGACAAGGGAGUGGUUUAAUUGAUAAUGUUCGGCUCACAGGGUAA